AUGGCAGCUCCGAGCACAUUUGGAGAGCUGGGUCUCUCCAUCAUUGGCCUCAGCGCCGAGUAUCCGCCUCAUUCGCUAGAUUAUACUUGUCUCAAUACCCUUGGCGAGAGAUUCUAUCCUGAUACCCCUUCUAUGCAGAAAGUUCUUGCAAUCAACAGAUACACCGGAAUUGACUCGCGAUCAUCUGUUGGAACGCCUGACCACCCUGCCGUGAACAAGAAAGAAGCCCCGUCAAUAGCAGAACUCCACAGCAUAUUCCAGUCUGACGGUGUCCCACUCGCGAUUCGAGCCGCUCGUAAGGCUAUCGACGAAGCCAAGGUCGAUACCCGAUUUAUCACACACAUAGUCGCUACAACAUGUACCGACAGCGCAAAUCCAGGGUUCGAUCACUUUGUCGCAAAAGGUCUAGGCAUAACACAUGGCGUUGAAAAGGUCUUGUUGCAUGGUGUAGGUUGCAGUGGAGGACUGGCCGCUCUUCGAACAGGUGCAAACCUAGCUCUCGGUCAUAAAGCACGGGGACUGCCCGCGCGCGUUCUAUGUGUAGCACUAGAAGUCAGCACCACCUUGGUGCGCAGUGAGCUGGACAGCAUCAACGAGUUGCAGCAGACGAGGAUAGGCGCAUGCCUGUUCUCAGAUUGCGGUAGCGCCGCCGUGUUGAGCAAUGGUAUCGGUGAGCCCUCUGAACCUAUCUAUGAUCUGCUCGGCUGGGAUCACAGGACUAUACCUGAUACAGAGGAGGAUCUGGGCUUUGACGUUCACCCAGCUGGCUGGAAAGUCAUACUCACACCCCGUGUGCCCAAGCUCACUGCUGCCUCAAUUGGCCCAGCUUUCAGUGAUCUCAAAGCCUCUCUACCGCAAUUACCCUCAGACUACCAAAACGCAGCCGAUUUCGACUGGGCCAUGCACCCUGGUGGUGCGACCAUCCUGUCCGGCGCAGAGAAAGUCAUGGACAUCACUCCGGAACACAUGCGAGCAAGUUACGACACUUAUAUCAAUCACGGAAACUCGAGUUCUGCCACAAUCUUCAGUGUCAUGAAUCGUCUGCGCUCAAAAGAGAUGGAUGCUAUGGCCCCUGACGGACGAGUGCGCGACUACGUUGUCGGAUGUGCUUUCGGUCCUGGCAUAACAGUCGAGAUGUGUAUGAUGAAGCGAAACAUGGCUCAUAGAACCAACGUAACUGGCCUGCAAACACCGCCAGAGACACCAGCCGAAACCGAAUCGGAGCCAAGUGAGGCCGGAGACGGCGACGAGUGGAGCACCGAUACCAGCGGGUCUCCGGCCGAGCGGAACUCUUCAUCUGCAUAUGAGUUGCAAGAUCGGUAUGCCAGGUUUGUUACUGAGUCGUUAGACCAUCUAGAUCUCGAUUAG